AUGUUUCGUGUAUCAAAAGCAUGGAUAACUAAUUUUGGUUUUUUGCCACGCUUGGAUUAUUGUAUACUUGGACGAUCAUUAGAAAAGAUGGAUUCAGGUUUUAUAUCAUAUGCAUCCUUUAUUCAUAUGGAAUGUAUUCAUACACAUCCUGUACUUGUUUAUUUUUGUUCGAUUGUUAAUGAAAAUAUUAAUAAACGUUAUCAAUACUUACGAACAUCAAAACGAGAUAUUUAUUUAUAUACAAAACAACAACAGAUUAUAUUUCGUUGGUGGCUAGCAAUAACAUUAACUCGAAAUAGACAAUUAAUACAAUUAAGAAAAUAUCAAUUUAUGUAUUUACAAAUAUCAAGAAUAGAAAGUUUUAAUGAAUUAUUUGAAAAAAAAUUAUUGAAAAAUUUUCAAAAUUGUAAAAUAAUAACAAAAAAUCAUGAAAGAAUUAAUUCAAAUACGAUUAUUCGAAAUCAUACAACAACUUGUACGACUUUAUUACUUGAUGCUAAUGAACAAGAUGAUCGAAAAUCAUUAUUUUAA